CAUGCAGGACUCCCAGUACUGCGACUUCUGCGGAGUCGUGGACGAGGUGUACGAGGAGCACUCCGAGCUCGACCACGAGGACACGCCCAAGCACAUCUGCAACCGGAUACUGCACCAGUACAAACACAAGAAGAAGGAGUUCAGCAGGAACAGGGAUGGUGUGAUCAUCCUCGGGGCGGCGAGCAGCCUCCCGCUGGCUGGCUCCGACGCCAGGGUCAUCAAGGAACCGCCCACUGAUCACCACAAAGUCCGGAUAUUCGCGAAACCCAACCAAGAGGUGGAGUUCUACUUUACCAUCACCAACGACAUGAAGAGCGAAGAUCUUCUGGUGGUUGGGAUUCAGCUGGCGCACCCACAACCGCAUUUUGUCAUGUGCGACCAUGACUUUAUAUUCGGACAGGAUCCGCAUGUUUUGGAACCUAAAUCCACAAUCGAUACUAUAUCGAUUACGUUCGUUGGCGCGGACGUGGGGCAGUACGAGAUGCCCAUCAUGUUUACCUUCGUCAGAAACAGUGAUGGCAAGAGCCUCGUCCUCAUCAGGGAAAUGGUGGUUCUGGUGGCAACUGAGAGGCCGCAGAAGUUUAACGCCAAGAGUCCUUACUCCAACCUGGACUGGGCUCACGCCGAGCGCUUCGUCGUGUCCACAGAUCACGUGCCGUAUAACAACUUGUACAAGAUCCCUAAGCUGCUGAAAAUCUUGCUACCCGCUGGUUUGGACGAAGACGCCCUUGAGAAAAUUGAGGGUCCUCUGGAGUUCAAACUGCAACUGAGGAACGUGUUGAUAACCACUAGGGCCAUUUUUGAUGAAGGAAUAAGCAAAUCCAACUAUAUGCUGUACUUCCACCAUCUGCUCUGGUGGGAGGAGAUCAUUGCUAGGAUCAAUUUAAGGAAAUACAAUAUGACAGCUGUCACUCUAGAGAAAAAGGCUGAAGUUUACCUGCUCGAAGUGCCCGGUCUGGCCGAGAACCGACCUUCCCUGUUACGUGGUGAUAAAGUAUACAUAAAACUACAUAAUAGCAACGAUAUUUUGUUCGAGAGCGUUAUAAAAGAUAUGGAGGAAAGUACUAUUCACAUCGGGAAUAUUGAUGAAAGCUUCAACGCGUACUACACCCCAGAAACUCUGUUCGACAUACGUUUCAUGAUGUCUCGAGUUCCGCACGAACGAGCGCACGUCGCUGUGGCCAACGUUUUUGAGAGGAAGCAGGACAGCAGAUUGUUUCCUGAGCCGAGGAAAAAGGACGUCAAGCUUAAACCGAUCUAUAAAUGGUACAACCCGCUGAUCAAGCAGAACGAGGAGCAACGGCUGGCCGUCCAGCACAUACUGUCGGGGACGUCCCGCCGCGCGCCCUACAUGGUGUACGGGCCGCCCGGCACCGGCAAGACCAUGACGAUCGUCGAGGCCAUCAUACAGAUAGUCCUAUACAGCUCGAAGAACCGCGUGAUGGUGUGCACGGACUCCAACAUGGCGGCCGACCACAUUGCGCUCAUGCUGCUCAAAUAUAACAAGGAGCUUAACAUUAACAACUUCAUCCUGCGCGCUAACUCACAGUCUAGGGUUUGGAGCGUGAUGCCAUCCGAACUAGCGCCUGUCUCAAACGGCACUAAAUACGAGAACUCGUACUCGGUCAGCAACUACGCUUUGUCGUCCUAUCGCGUCGUAGUCACCACUCUGCUGCACGCUGCUAAAUAUGGCACCCCCCGCGCACAGGCCCAGCACAAGCUGCAGAUGUCGCACCUGUUCAUCGACGAGGCGGCGCAGGCCUCCGAGCCGGCCACGCUGGUGCCCGUGACGGGGCUGCUGGCGCCCGCCGGGCUGCUCGUGCUGGCCGGGGACCCCAUGCAGCUGGGGCCCGUCUGCAUCAGCCGCGACGCCAAGGACCGCGGGCUAGGUAAAUCGCUGAUGGAACGUCUGAAGACCGACUACGCGAACCUGUACGAGUCCGACCCCAACUACAUCACCAUGCUGGUGAAGAACUUCCGGAACGACCAAGACAUCCUGUCCCUGCCCAACAACAUGUUCUACGAUGACAACCUGGUGCCCCUGGCUCCAGAGGACCCGCUGAGCCGGCGCAGCAUCCUCGGGCUGCCGGGCGGCGAGCGGGCCGUGGUGUUCCACGCCGUCAACUCCCGCGAGCAGAGGAUGGGCAAGGCCCCCAGCUUCUUUAACGAGAAGGAGUUGGACAUGCUGAAGAGAUACACCAAAGCUCUGAUAGACCAGCACAACGUGAAGCCGGUGGACAUCGGCGUCAUCGCUCCAUACAUCAGACAGGUGUACAAGAUGAAAACGUGGCUCAUGAGCUCUGGCUACGAUGAGAUCGACGUGGGCACCGUCGAAGCGUUCCAAGGGAAGGAGAAACGAGUCAUACUCGUGUCCACCGUGCGCGCCAACUGCAGGCUCCUCGACUACGACGCGAAAUACGGCCUCGGCUUUCUAGUGGACGAUAAGAGAUUCAACGUGACUCUAACCCGAGCCAAAUCCAAGCUGGUGAUCAUCGGCAACCCUACCUGCCUGACCCGAGACAAGAAAUGGCGCCGCUACAUGACCCACUGCAAGGACCUCAAAUGCUACUUCGGCCACGAGUGCGAGCAAAUAGAGAGGACCUCUAAGAUCCUCAACGAGGUCGCGAUCACCAGGUUCAACAGGUGUCGCAUAUCAGAGCAGCUGAAACCGAAGCCUAAAGAUGAGAAGGAAAAGAAAAAGUAAAGAUUAAGGUUAAGUUAGGCUCCGGGAUAGUUAAGUGAGGGGGGACGAUACACAGGUGGAAAAG